CCCUCCCUCCCUCCCUCUUCCUCUCUUUUUGGUUCUCUCUCCGAGGUCGGAGUCAACCUACGCAGUUGAGAGGAGCUAACAAGUUCUGUUUUCGUUUGAUUCAUCAGCUAGCGCUGCUGGCAGUGGUAGGAGGAGGAUGGGGUGGUCAUGGAAGUGGUGGUUGUGCCUGGGUGUGAUAGGAGCGUCCGUGUUCAUCGCGCUGGAAGCUGCGUUGGAGUUCUUGUGGUGGAGGCCGAAGAGGCUGGAGAAGCACUUCGCAAGGCAAGGCAUAAGAGGACCCCCAUACCGCUUCUUCAUUGGCAGCGUCAAGGAGAUGGUUGGCAUGAUGCUGGAAGCCUCCUCCGAGCCAAUGACGCCUCAAACCUCUCACAACAUCCUCCCCAGAGUCCUUCCCUUCUAUCACUACUGGAAGAAGAUCUAUGGCUCCACGUUUCUGCUAUGGUUCGGGCCUACGGCGCGCCUCACCGUGGCCGACCCCGACCUCAUCAGAGAGAUCUUCCUGUCGCGGCCGGACGUCUUCGAGCGGUACGAGUCCCACCCGCUGGUUCGGCAGCUCGAGGGCGAGGGGCUGGUGAGCCUCAGAGGGGAGAAAUGGGCUCAUCACAGGAAGGUCCUCACCCCGACCUUCCACAUGGAGAACCUCAAAUUGCUGAUGCCUUUCAUCGCGAAGACGGUGCUGCGCAUGGUGGAGAAUCUGGCGGCCUCCGGCGAGGAGGUGGAGAUAGAUGUGUCCGAGUGGUUCCAGACCGUGACCGAGGACGCCAUCACCCGGACGGCGUUCGGCAGCAGGUGCUACGAGGAGGGCAAGGCUAUCUUUCAUUUGCAGACACAGCAGAUGGUGUUCGCGGCCGAGGCGUUCCGCAAGGUCUUCAUCCCUGGCUACAGGUAUCGUAUCCGACCAUCGCCAUGCAUCGAUCGAACACGCAUAUGCCAUUAUCCACGACUAAUAAUUUUCUGGAAACAAAUUCAUAGAUUCUUGCCGACGAAAAGGAAUACCAACUCGUGGAGGCUGGAGAAGGAGAUCAGAAGAAGUUUGAUCAGGCUGAUCGGCCGGCGAAAGGAGCGGGCUGACGAGGAGAAGCCCGACGGCGGCAAUCCGAAGGAUCUGUUGGACGUCAUGAUCAAUGCGGGCACCAUGGCUGCCCCGCGAACGUCGACGAUCACCGUACGGGACAUCGUGGAGGAGUGCAAGACGUUCUUCUUCGCGGGGAAGCAGACCACCUCCAACCUGCUGACGUGGGCGACGGUGCUCCUGGCCAUGCACCCCGAGUGGCAGGGGCGCGCGAGGGACGAGGUCCUCCGCGUGUGCGGCGCAGGUGACGUCCCCUCCCGCGACCACCUCCUCAAGCUCAAGACGAUGGGAAUGAUACUGAACGAGACGCUUCGGCUGUACCCGCCGGCGGUGGCCACGAUACGGCAGGCGAAGGCGGACGCGGAGCUGGGCGGCCGCAGCAUCCCCCGCGGCACCGAGCUGCUGAUCCCCAUCAUCGCCGUCCACCACGACCCCUGUCUGUGGGGCCCGGACGUGGCCCAGUUCAACCCCGCGCGGUUCGCGGACGGGGCGAGCCGGGCGGCGCGGCACCCGGCGGCUUUUCUCCCCUUCGGCCUGGGCGCCCGGACGUGCAUCGGCCAGAACCUUGCCCUCCUCGAGGCCAAGCUCACUCUAGCCGUCAUCCUCCAGCGCUUCGCCUUCCGCGUCGCCCCCUCGUACGUCCACGCGCCUACGGCCCUGAUGCUCCUCCACCCGCAGCAAGGCGCGCCCAUCGUCUUCCGGUCUUUAGCUCGACCAUCCGAUCCUUGGACGUUGACGGCAGCCCAAAACGACGGCUGCUCGUGAUCGAAGACGGCCACCUAUUUUCGUUGUGACUAAACUGCCUUGUAAGCUUUGUUGUGCCUAAUGUAAGGUGUCCGUUAAUGAUGCGAAACAUGCCUUCUUUCUUA